AUGCGGGCGCUGGAGGAGCUAGCGGGGGCGGUGGAGGCGGCGGUGGAGGCGGCGGAGGGGGUGGGGGUGGCGGUGGGGGUGGUGGCGGGGGUGGAGGUGUCGGUGGCGGCAGUGGAGGCGGAGGCGGCGGUGGCGGAGGAGGUGGAGCUGGUCAGGGUGGCGCUGCGCAGAGGGUCGGCUCCGGUGGUGGUCAGCGCCAGCAGCAGUAGCAGCAGCGCACUCGUGACAUCCCCCCCCCCUCAGCAGCUCCGUGAGUGGUACACUGCACGCCAGCGGGGUGGGGGUACUGGUCCGUGCACCUACGUCCUACGCACCGGCGACUGCACGGGUGAGCAGUGCGGGGGUGCGCACUCCACCCAGCGCUGCUUUGGCCGCCUGACGGACGCUUGGCGUCACCAGUUCCAGGAGGCCACUGAGAUCCCCCGCUGGGGCGAGCUGUCUAGGGCGGGAGUAGCUGUCUUUGACCUUGACUUUGAUGCUAUUCUUGCUGCAAUGUAUGAUGUGAGUAUUAGUGAUGAGGGUGACUGUUACCAGUGUUUUCCGCCCGACCCGGGCAUGGAGACUGCUGCUCUAGGUACUGGUGAGGCUGUUGCUCUAGGUGCUAGCGAGGCUGCUGCUCUAGGUGCUCGUGCGUCUGCUCCCUCAGGUGCUGGUGAGUCUGCUCUCUCAGGUACUGCGUCGGCUUCGGCCUCCCACACCUUCACCCUUGACUCGGGGGCUUCUCGCUUCUUCUUUCGAGACCGCACCACACUCACGCCGCUUGGCCGGCCAGUUGCAGUCUCUCUGGCAGACCCCUCUGGGGGUCCUGUCCUUGCUCACUUCUCCACUGUCCUCUCGUGUCUAGCGGCCCCCUCUGGCACCCUGUCUGGUCUUUACCUCCCCUCGUUCUCUACGAACUUGGUGAGUGGUGCUGACCUACAGGAUGCGGGAGUUCACCAGUUCACUCCUGCGAGGGCUGCAGCGGGCUGCCCCUCACUCCUUCAGUUUCCUCCGACAGAGGCCCCGCUGCAGACGCUUCACAUGGACGUGUGGGGCCCGGCCCGCGUUCGUGGACAGGGUCAGGAGCGCUACUUCCUGCUGGUGGUUGACGACUACUCGCGUUACACCACAGUCUUCCCCUUGCGCAGCAAGGGUGAUGUCACUGAGGUGUUGAUCCACUGGAUCCGCGCAGCUACUCUGCAGCUCAGGCAGAGCUUCGGCUCGGACUUUCCUGUUCUGCGUCUGCACUCUGACAGAGGCGGAGAGUUCUCCUCUGGCCUUCUGCAAGCCUACUGUCGUGCACGAGGCAUCCGCCAGACCUUCACGCUUCCGGACUCUCCACAGCAAAAUGGGAUUGCUGAGCGCCGCAUUGGCAUGGUCAUGGACGUCGCCCGUACAUCCAUGAUGCAUGCGGCUGCCCCCCAUUUUCUGUGGCCGUUUGCGGUUCGGUACGCUGCGCAUCAGAUCAACCUUCACCCCAGGGUCUCCAUGCCGGAGACCUCCCCAGCUUUGCUGUGGACGGAGAAGGUUGGCGAUGCGUCUGCGUUUCGUGUCUGGGGAUCUCGGGCGUUUGUCCGCGACUUGUCUGCAGACAAGCUGUCCCCUCGUGCUGCUCCUUGCGUCUUCCUUGGCUCCCCCCCUGACGCGCCACGGUGGCAGUUCUACCACCCCACCUCUCGCCGUGUUCUGUCCUCCCAGGACGUCACGUUUGACGAGUCGGUCCCCUACUACCGCCUCUUCUCCUACCGCACUCCGUCCCUCCCCCCGCCACCGCUCUUCCUUGUGCCAGGUCCCCCCCCGGUAGACCCCCUCCCCCCUCAGGGUCCUGCCCCUUCAGGUGUGUCCCAGGUAGACGCAGUCGAGCCUGUCGAGGUUACUGGUGACUCUAGUGCUGCUGAGGGUGCUGAGCCUGGGGGUGCUGACUCUGGGGGUGCUGAGCGUGUGGGUGCUACGCCUAGGGGUGCUGAGCCUGAGGGUGCUACUACUGGGGGUGCUAAGCCUGGGGGUGCUACCACUUGGGGUGCUGAGCCUGGGGGUGCUAAGCCUGGGGGUGUUACACCUGGGGGUGCUGAGCCUGGGGGUGCGGAGCCUGGAGGUGCUGAGCCUGGGGGUGCGGAGCCUGAGGGAGCUGGGCCUGCUCGUGUGGCGUCCGGCGGUGCUGGGCCUGGAGCGUCGUGA